UUCUAAGCUUGGUGCUAGGUCCUCGUCUCCUCGAUGGAUAGCCUUGUGAUCUUCGCCAUUAUGUUGAUGACUUCUAAUUCUAUUGUAGUACCCAUUCUUUCCAUAACAGCAUCAUGCAGCCAAACCCCAUACCCUCAAGUUUGCAACCAUUACAUUACAAGCAACCUCUUAUCGACUCUUAAUGUUCAUGAUCAAGGGUUUGCAUUUCGUGACCUGGCUCUCAAAGUCACCGUGGACCAAGCUAUCGAAGCGCAUCGACUUGUUUCAUCAGCACUGAACUUGAAGUCACUGUACAACGGGCGAGCGAAGUUGGCGUGGGACGAUUGCUUGGAACUCUACGAGGAUACAAUUGACAAGCUCAACCGUUCUAUGAGUUCCAACAAUGCCUUAGACGCUAAUACAUGGCUAAGCGCAUCCCUUGCCAAUCAGCAAACUUGCCAAAACGGCUUUAACGAUCUGAACAUACCUAAUUCUCAUUUAGAAUCUUCGUUCCCCAGCUUUUACAAGCUAAGCACAGACUUGCCUAUGUUGCUCAGCAAUUCGCUAGCGAUACACAAGGAGUCUAGUACAUCUUCUUCUUCAUCGGCUAUGCAUUUCAGCAAGCAGGUACGGGGUAGACGCUUAUUGCUCAAGUCUGAUGAUGAUAGGUUCCCGGCAUGGGUUUCAGCUUCAGAUCGAAAGCUUCUCCAGUCGAACGUUGGACCAAAGUCAGCUGAUAUAGUAGUGGCUCAAGAUGGGUCUGGAAAUUACAAGUCUAUUACUGAAGCUGUGGCUACAGCUAAGGGAAGUAGUGGUAGUGGGACCAAAAGGGUUGUCAUAUACGUGAAGGCAGGGGUUUACAAAGAGAAUGUUGAGGUUAAGAAGACAAUGAAGAAGCUGAUGUUUGUCGGAGAUGGAAUGGAUGCAACCAUUGUUACCGGGAAUAAAAAUGCCCAAGAUGGCUCUACAACUUUUCGAUCUGCCACUUUUGCUGUUUCCGGCGAAGGCUUCAUAGCUCAAGACAUGACGUUCGAAAACACGGCCGGACCGCAGAAACACCAAGCCGUUGCACUACGCUCAGGCGCCGACCACUCAGUCUUCUACCGCUGCAGCUUCAAAGGCUACCAAGACACCUUGUACGUCUACUCCCAACGUCAGUUCUAUCGUGACUGCAACAUAUACGGUACCAUAGACUUCAUCUUCGGCGACGCCUCGGUCGUCCUCCAAAACUCUAACAUCUACGUCAGAAAGCCCUUGAGCAACCAGAUCAACACCGUGACUGCGCAAUCCCGGAAAGACCCUAAUGAAAACACAGGCAUCAUUAUCCACAACUGCCGCAUAACGGCCGCGGCGGACCUGAAAGCCGUUCAGGGCUCGUACAGGACCUAUUUGGGUCGUCCGUGGCAGAAGUAUUCAAGGACGGUGAUAAUGAAGAGUAACCUGGAUGGGUUGAUUGCCCCGCAAGGUUGGUUUCCUUGGAGUGGAAGUUUUGGUUUGGAUACACUCUAUUAUGGGGAGUAUAUGAACACUGGAGGUGGUGCUGCCACCGGAGGUAGGGUUAAGUGGCCAGGUUUUCGGGUUAUCACGAGUGCCACGGAGGCAGCAAAGUUUACGGUUGGGAAUUUCUUGACCGGAGACGCGUGGAUUCCGGGGACUGGAGUGCCGUUUGAAGCUGGUUUGUGAUGCGUUGAUGCUAGCUAUUAAAUAUGAAUGCAUGUGGAUAAAAAGUAAUUUUCCUACUUGGGUGGGUGGAUCAUGGCUUGGGAUAGUGACUUAUAUGAAGUCAUGUAUUGUUGUCACUGAUGGGUUAUUUCUAAACCAACUU